AUGUCUUCUGGAAGUCUUCUUCUCCUGCUGGGACUCCUCACCCUCUGGGCAGAGCUGACCCCCGUCUCCAGCCAGAAAUGGCCAGAGUCGUGUUAUCUUCCUGCUGACAGCGGACCAUGUCUAGCUUAUAUGCCUCACUUCUACUACAACUCGACUUUCAAUAACUGCCAGGUGUUUAUUUACGGUGGAUGCGGGGGCAAUGCUAACAGGUUUAGGACCAGAGGUCAAUGCCGCAACACCUGUGUUGACUAG